CAGUUUCUUUUUCAAUAGUUGGCAAAUGGAUGUUAGUUGGCGAGGCUGGGCGAGGCAAGUUGUUAGCAUAUGAAGUCUGUUGUCAAAAUAGCCGGCGUGUGGGAAUAUAUUGUAGGACCUUACUUAUUAAUUACAAUUAAAAUACCAUAAAUGGAAAUCCUCAAUGAAUAGAGACUGAUUAGUGAUCAUUGUUUGUUUGCAUACUUUGUUUUCGUAAUUUAAGUAAUAACAAAACCUAACUUUUGAAUAAUCUUCUGGAACAUAAAUCUUCCGCCGAUUGUGUGAUAACGUUGUUAUUUUUCUUUCCCGUGUUCUCUGUAUAGCGUCAAUUGAAUUAGUGUACAGGUGUCAUGACAAAUAAACUUAGAAUGCGAGAAUUGAUUGGAUGUGGUGUGCUCAUUGUUGCAAUUCUGUAUGUGGUGUACAAGUAUUUGACAAGAAGUAAGAGAAGCUUGGAUAAGAAGCAUGUUGUG